ACGGGUGUUGUUACUGUUUCAGGUUGCCGUCGCGCCGUGAUGAAGGAAGAGCGAGUGGGGGUGUGAUGUGAUCUGGCUUUGCGCUACCGUUUGAAAUACGGUGCCGCCGGUUGUGUCUUUCUACUCGAGCGUUACCUCGCCCUGAAUGUAUUUGGUUCUAAAUUGCUUGUUAUGUGGCUUCUAUUUUUGUCUUUGACUUAAAUGUUAAGCUUCUCUGAAGGAUGGACGCCGACGAUGUGACAAUCAGAGAGCAAAACUUUCACAGCCAAGUCCGCGAGUAUAUUAUUUGCUUCCUUUUAUUUACUAUUCUGUACACAAUCUCCUACUUCAUUAUCACCAAGUACAAGAGGAAACCAGAUGAUAAUGAGGAUGAAGAUGCCAUUGUGAACAGAAUUUCGUUGUACCUCUGCACAUUUACUCUGGCUGUUUCAGCUGGUGCAGUCUUGUUGUUGCCAUUUUCUAUUAUCAGCAAUGAGAUCCUGCUUUCUUUUCCGCAAAUGUACUAUAUACAAUGGCUGAAUGGAUCAUUAAUUCACGGUCUGUGGAAUCUUGUAUCACUCUUCUCCAAUCUUUCUUUAUUUGUGCUGAUGCCUUUUGCCUACUUUUUCUUGGAAUCUGAAGGAUUUGCUGGAUCAAAGAAGGGAAUUAGAGCACGAAUUCUGGAGACUCUAGUCAUGCUUAUUCUUCUUGGGCUCCUCAUUUUCGGAAUAGUUUGGGUAGCUUCUGCCUUGAUUGAUAAUGAUGCUGCCAGCAUGGAAUCUUUGUAUGACCUUUGGGAAUUUUACCUUCCUUAUUUGUAUUCCUGCAUCUCGUUGAUGGGUGGAUUACUACUAUUGUUAUGUACUCCGGUUGGUCUCUCCAGAAUGUUCACAGUAAUGGGACAGUUACUUGUAAAGCCAACUAUUUUAGAGGACCUGGAUGAGCAAAUCUAUUGUACCGGCCUUCAGGAGGAAGCACUUAUAAGGAGAUUAAAUGGUGCUUAUAUGACAUCCUACUUAAAAUACAAUUCUGAGGACCUUGAACAGGAAUUAGAUGCUGUAAGAAACAAGAAGUCAAAGCUUGAGCGUCGCAAGAAAGCUUCUGCAUGGGAGAGGAAUUUGGUUUAUCCCGUGGUCAUGCUGAUACUAUUAUCUGGAACGGCCAUCUCUGUCCUCUUGGUCGCAUUCAAUAUUCUUGCUCUGUUGGUUGAUGAAACUGCAAUGCCGAAAGGAUCACAGGAACUAGGCCUUGGUAAAGCCUCUCUGUCUGCAUUUGGGUUUGUUGGCGCGGCGACUGAAAUCAUCCUGAUUUUCUAUCUGAUGGUGUCCUCUGUCGUCGGCUUCUAUAGCCUCCGGUUCUUUGCAGUCCUCGCUCCCACAAAAGAUGACACAACCAUGACAAAGAUUAUUGGAAAUUGUGUGUCGAUAUUGGUUCUCAGUUCAGCACUCCCUGUAAUGUCAAGAACUUUGGGAAUAACCAGAUUUGACCUACUUGGAGACUUUGGAAGGUUCAAUUGGCUUGGUAACUUUUACAUUGUACUCUCCUACAACCUGUUAUUUGCUGUGGUAACGACUCUGUGCCUGAUCAGAAAAUUUACAUCCGCAGUAAGAGAAGAACUGCUUAAAGCUUUAGGUCUGAAUAAUUUGCAUCUUUCAAAUAGGACGAAAGAUACAGAGAAGGUCCUGCAUUCUGCAAAUGGACAUCAAAAAUCAUUCUGAGAUUACCAAUGGCAACUUAAAGACAAUUUUGUGUGUGCGUAAAGAAGCGAGGAGGAAGCAAAUAAUUCAGUUGGAUGACAUUCCACUCCACCAUCUUGAGUCUUAAUGGUCAUUUAUUUUCGGCUGCUAGAAGGAAUUAAGGGUUCAGCUGUGGGAAAGUUCAAACUAGGAAAUGCACAGGAGGUAAAUGUCUAGGUCUCCCUGCUUUGCAGUCAGAUUCUGAAUAUGUGCCAAAUUAGCUUGAGGUGUCAUGUGGCACUCAGAAUAUGAUUUAGGAUCUAUUUGGCUGUGAUUAAAGAUUCUUUUCAGGGCCAAUUGGUCAGCCUGUCACUGAAAUCCUUGUUUAUCUAAGCCCUGAACCACCUCUGGCAGUGUCUUAACUGCAAAUGUGCUAUUUUGGAGAUCUUUGGAAUUCUGGCUGUCACUUGCAUUGACAUUGGGGAGCAGUUGCCAUUUACUGCAUUUGAACAGAAUCUGACUUUUCAGUUGAGCCAACUUGGACUCUGUGAUAAUUCUGGUCACUGUACUUUGGUGAAUGCAGAAAAGUAACAGUCAGCAGAAAGAAAAUCUGUUUAGUUUGUUGCCUAAGCUCUUCUAUUGCAAUACAACAAAAUGGUUUUCAAUCUGCUAUUGUGUUUUUAAAAAAAGUAAAACUUCAAAAUAGAUUACUGUAGGUAUUAAAUAAAUGCUCUGUUAUGCUAGCAGUUGGAAACCUCUGCCCUUGCAGUUUCCCCAACAUGGUCCAGGUUUCAGUUGGUUCUGAUGAACGGAUGUGGGUGCUGUCAGACCUCUUGGCCCAUGGAGUUAAAUGAACUGAUUGCUGUGAAGAUUCUGCCUGGCUUUCCCAUUCUGGUGUACAGAUCAGCUAGGAGUUUAAAUCCAACUUUUUGAAGUAUUAAUUUUGUGUUUAUAAUUCCCCUAUAUCAGUAAUAAAAUAAUUUAUUGUGUGGUUAGCUUAGAAUAUUCAUCUACAGUGCAAUAAGUUUUAAUGCCCUACUGCAUGAUAUUAUUAAAUAGUUAUGCUGGAGUCAACUUCAAGGGAAGGCUUGAACUUGUUGAGGUUUCUGUAUUUGAAAAGGGGUAAAUGGCCACAAGUUUGGCUGUCUUGGGAUCCCAGAUUAAUCAGUUUGUUGAAAUUCAUUCCUAAAAGCAUUUUCUGUAACCAUUUCCUGGCUCACUACUAAAUGGAUUACAUAAAGCCCUCUUAAACCAUGAUUAACAUUAUUUUCUUUUGAAAAUUGUAAACACAAUAUGGUGAUUUGUGGUAGUCUGAUCCAAAUGUGAAAGGAUAUCCCAAAAAAGUUUUGCAUAUUAUUACAUUUGCAAAUUAACCUAUGCACUUGGCAGGGAUGGGGGUGAAGAAAAGGAGAAAGAGGAACAAGUUUGCCAAUAUUCAAAAUCUGAUAUACUCAUUUUAUACCUUUACCGAACAUCCUUUACACUGGUGAUUAAUUUGGGAUGAUACCAGUGAUGUAAAUUGAGUCAUCCCCGAACUCACUUCCUGUCUACAACCUACUUCAACAUUUUUCUCCUAAAUAUGCAUAUAGGAUGCAUAAUAAUACUACAUAAUAAUAGUAACCAUUCUUAAAAAUACUGUGAGAGUAAAGAGAACAGGAUAUACUGACGAUACAGAAAGGUGCUAUGUAACCACAAGUUCAUUUCUCAAUUCUUCAGUAAUUUCACUUGGCAUUCUAUUUAAUGGCUUUGUUUAUUUGAGUUAAUACCCAUUUAGUGAAAUAUUUGAGUUGCCUCUUAAUAUGGUUGUAUUUCAGGUUCCAGAUACAGUAAAAAGGAAUUGUUUCAGUUGUUUUUUGUAUGAAAAACUAAAUACUACUAAAUUAAUGCUGUAAUUAUCACUGUUACCCAAACAGAUUAAUUUGAUCGGUGUUGGAAGCAUUUUUUGGAAAAUGCUUCAUAAUUAUCAUUGGAAUAUGUGACUUUGGAUUGUUGGGGAGAAAUUUCAUUUUCCUAGUCUGCUGUUGGAAAACUGGGCUGAAAACUAAUAGGUAUAGCAUUAUUCCAGGAAGAUAUGAUCUGUUGUUCAAAUAUAUUUGAAGACGCUGAUCACAUCACAUUGUGAGUUCUACAGACCUUGGUUGCCUUGGACCAAGGUUAUACACUUGUUCUGUUUACAUUAACUGUGAUCCAUUUUGCUAAAUCCAUUUGUGUAGUUCUAGGUUAAAUGUGUGAUGUAGAAAUAAUUUGAAGCAAUGUUUGACUGAAGGUUCUUUUCACCAGUAUCAGACAAUCUGUCCACAUGAACAUUGCUUUCAGGAAAAGAAUAGGAAAAGGAUUGACUGUGGAGUGCAUUUAGGUGUGUGGGAAAUUUAGCCUGGCCUUUUCAAUAAAAUGGGAAGUUUGAAAUGGGAAGUUUGGAAUGGGAGAGCAAAAUAAAUCCCAUUUUAUGCUGCUUUGGCUUUUUUGUAAGUUUUAAAAUCUCUGAAUCACCAGCAUGUUGGUGAAUCUUCAAAAUGUUGAUGAGAACCUUGACACAUGCUGUUCUUGCCAUUUAAAUUGUUUGUGGUCUGAGUACUGUUUUCUGUUGUACUGAUAGUACAAUAUACUGUAUAUUCUCAAUUCUAUUUUACUUCAUUACCACUCAUUGUUCCUUAAUUGUACCUGGUGGUGAUAAUUCCUUGUAGAAGUUGCCUGUGGAACUGCUUCCAAUUUCCAGUUAAGUCACUUGGAUGCAAAUAUGCACAGGCUGAUGGUGUUGUCCUGAGCUGAACCUAAUAAAAUUGCAUAAAGGUUAUUGCUAUAAUGAAAUCAGAUGUCAUCAAGGAUUUUUAGCAACAUCAGCAAAUGCAGACCUGUAUCAAACACUUACUGAAGCAGUUUUAGGGACUUUGCAUGUUUUUGGUGGGGUUGGGAGGGGAGGUAGGUGGGUGGGAAGAACUGUGUUAGUGUGAUAUUGCUUUCCUGUACUUUUUAAGAGUACUAUGCUGUAUGUUGCUAGAAUUCAAAUUUAAUUUGCAUUGAAAAGUUUUUACAUUCCUGAGAGAGGGGUAGGAAGCAGUGUUUAAUCAUUGAAUUUGAGGCACUUUCUAUAUGAGAGGAAUGCAUUACGUUAGCAGGCAGACUAAUGAUAAUUUGUAGGGUUGGCGGAGUGGGGGGAGGGGAUGGUAAUGCUACAAAACCAUAAUCUCAUAGACAAAGUUAUUGCAGGCAUAAAAGCUAUUAUCAAGUUUGCAUCAUCACCUCAAGAGGAAUUAAGUGACAGCUGAUCGGUGUGUCAGACAGCAGUACCCUGCUGCUUUAUGGAAGCUGGCUGCUUUUUAAGAGAUCAUUCUCGCCAAGCAUGAAUUGGAAAAGCUAGUAGUGCGAAUGCACAAAAUGAAGUAAAUACUGUCUAAAAUUGCUAGCACAGAAUUCUCCUGCUUUCCAAAUACUAACUUGUGAAUAUGAAAAUAAAAGCAAGUUAUCAUAACAGGCAAUAUUUGAGUUAAUUUGGUUUUUGCCUGGUGACAACUAUCUGAGUCUGGUACAGUAAAAACAAGAUCAGAGGAAAGGUGACAGAUUGUAAGGAAAUGUACCAUAACUUAUGUUUUAGUCACUUGAGUUUUACCCAGCCCCUUACCUUAGCAAAUCUCCCAUGUUUAGUUGGCUUUGCUACUGAAACCAAAAGGUCCUGGUGUGAUAAUAAAAAUCAGUCCAUUAGAUUUCGUAGUUUUAUGUACAAUUAUUUACAGUGACCAAAAAUGUCUACAUGUAUAGUGUUAUGUUAACCAGUUAUAAACAUCCCAGCAUCUUACCUAUAAAGAGUUUCUUUAAUGACAAAUACACUGUGAUUUUUCUUCAUAACUCUCAAUUCAGUUGUUUUUGUGAGUUAUCUUUUUGAUCACAUUUUUGUAGCAAUUUUUUGUGUACGUAUAUUGAUGGAGCUCAUUAUAGUAAAUUGUAUCUUUAUUGUCUUAUGUACUGUGAUCUGACAUGUAGAAAUAUUUUCCUGUCAUAUUGCAAUUAAAAGGAACAGCAAAAUACAGAUAAUUCUGUUCUGUUUGAGUAAACUUAGAACAGCCCAUUAUGUGAUUCCAGUAAAAUUACCGUUGGAUAAAGGCCAUAGUUGUACCGGUGUGUGCAGACUGGUAAUUUAUCUGACUUCCAUUCAUAGUUGAAUUACUGGGAAGAUAAAUGGAAGCAUAUUGUGACCUUUUUUCAAAUGUAUAUAUAAAUCCAACCGUUUCAAAUGUGAAAACUUUGAGAACUAGGCUGUGAAACAACACUUCAGAUUGUUUCCUCUUGUGGACAAUAUUCAGUGGUAGAUUGCAGUUUGAUGAAUUGGCAGCUGCUUAUUUGUUUCCAUUACCAACUCUGUAGUUGUAAUUACAUCACUGCGAAGAGUCAUGUUUGUUUAGAUUCAAUGUGUUGAUGCAAUUGCUUUGAGAAACACCUACUUGGUUAUUUAAAUAGGAAUUUUACAGUGGUAUUGAAAAGGGUUCUGAUUUUUCUUAACAAUUUUUUGUUUAGAUGGUCACAUUUUAUGAAAAAUUAGGCAGAGUCAAGAAAGGAUCUGAGUUCAUUAACAAGCAAUAAUUUUUCUUAUUAUCGAAUUGUGUGAUAGUUUGUGAAUGCCAAGCAGUUCAGGCUUUACCAAAAUUUAACAUUUGAUUUUCUUUUGGGCACUUAAAAUUAUGUUAUAGGUGUAUAGACACCCCACUAAUGUUAGUUACUAUGGAUAAGGUGGAAAUAAAAGUUGUUAGUUUCCAACAUAUUAGUAGGCUACUGAAGAUGUUAGCUUUACCCAUCUGUUUCUGUCUGUGUUAUGGCAGACUCGUGUGAGCUAUUUUCAUCACUUGGUUGUUCUUUUUUGCCCACAAAGGAGUAAACAACUGUUUUCUCAUGCUAAGUCUAGAUUCCUCUACUGUACACUGGAGAUGAUCAUAUACUGUAAGCAGUUUAACAGUCGUCUUGCUCAGCAUUCCAAAGAUUUUGACAAGCAGCUGUUUCUUAUAUCUCACAAAUGCUGCUUCCCAAUCGUGUCCAUAUCAGUAGAACAUUUUUAUAAUUACAUUUGUUACACAUUAUUCUAAUGCAAACUAGAUUCUUGUGCAGAAUUUAUUCAGAUGUAGAUUGCAGAAACUCAAGCCAGUAGCUGCCAAUUCGUUAAGUUAAUUUUGAUAUCUAGGAUACAGAUCCUGUGUGUUUCAGUUAUUGACAUAUUGCAUGUUAGCCUUGUUUCAUUGUUGCAACUGAGAAUAUAACAUCAACAUUGUAUCUAUCUUAUGUUUAUAGUUUAUUUUGUAAAAUAGUUUGUAAUCAAAUCUUACAUUGUGACUCCAGUGUUUACAAUAAAUUCAGUUA